AUGAAGCGCCCUGCAUCGAAUAAGAGGAAAAUCCAGACCUCUCACGAGGAGGACUCGAUUCAUCUUGACGUCAAUGAGUUUUGUGAACUUGGUGAGUUUGCACGCGCUGGCAUGGAAGCUGUUAAGCUGGCGUUGGAGCGAGCCAAUGAAUCCCUGGCUGAUGGGAGGAUCCCAAUCUCUGGAGCAGCUGUAGAGCUGACAAAGCCAGGAAAACUGAAAACUGUUACGAUUGGUCACAAUGGUCGGAUUCCGCCACUUUCAGGACAAUCUGGAUAUCCAACAGAUCAUGGGGAAACUGCUGCCAUUCGUGAAAUUAAAGAUGUGUCAAAGAUUGCGUGGAGUCGAGUGGUAUUUGCAACAACGCUAAGUCCAUGCAUCAUGUGUAGUUCUGCGCUAAAGUGGCUGUGGAAACUGGGUCUCCGGCGUGUUGUCGUGGCAGAGAGCUCCAGCUUUGCAGGAGCGACCCUGUUGGAUGAGUUGGAUGGGAUGACCGUGGUUCGCUUAUCAAACUUGAAGGCUCAGUCCAUGAUGAAGACAUUCUCUACACACUAUCCUUGGGAUUGGGCUGCUGAUAUUGGGGAGAUCCCCCCGGGUGAUUUGACUUUCAGUCAAUCCUUGGAAACUGCGGAUGAACUUGAAGAGUUUUUGAAGAAAAUGCACAAGGAGAUGAAGCCAGGACAUCAAGCUGCAGUGGUUUCUUCCGAGGGCAUUCUGGCUUCUGCAGAAGACGAACGACCGCAGAGUGGAGGAAAUGAAACUCGCAGUGCGGCAAUGAUUGCCAUGGGAUCUGCAGGAUCCCAGGUGAAUUUAAGAGAAUGUGUGCUCUUCUUCAGGGCCUCUGAUCAUUCUCCCAACGUGAACCUAGAUGAGUUUGGUGCAGUCUCAAUGGGAGCUUGCAAGUUAUUUAAACCUGCAAAGGUGGUGUUGACCGCAUCACCUACAGAUGAGCUAAAGCUAAGUCUGGAGAACGCAGGCAUCCAGGUGCUGGUUGCCAGCGUCAAACUUUGA